CUUGCUGCGGAGCCUCAGCAACUGAUGAGCAAAGUAAUGGAGAAGGGGGUAUAUGAGUAGAAGUGUGACAGCCCGAUCCGGACGGCGCUUUGAGGACUGUUUCACAACAGGCGACAUCAAAGCAAUCCUGUGGGAAUCGGAGAGUGUUAAAGAGACGCUUUCGGCAGUUUAGUUAUAAAAGUUAAUGGGCGUUACAGUACUUUAGAACUGUGGGCACCUGACAGCUGCGACUCUGUAUAUGGCUUGAUUCGUGGUGUCAGUUCUUAAAAGUGUCCCUUUUCCCAUCUGCUGCUUUAGCUGCUUCGAGAUGGCAAAGUGGUUCAAGGAUUUCCCCAUUAACCUGAAACCCGGGACGGAUCGAAUCCGUUCCGCCUCUGAUUCGGGUUCAACAAACCGUGCCAAACCAGGAACCGUAGUUGGCUCUGGCACAAUGAAAUCGACUGGUAAAAAUCCAAACGCUUCUCGGAAGAAUUCAGCCGUGGUGGAUAGCAGCCCUAGCACACUACUGAGCGGCAAAAACCGAAAAAAUUCUGCCAUCGAAUUGGGCAGGAACGGAACAGGGUUCAAGGAUGGUAAGAGCACCUGGGACAUGCAGAGCUUGUUAGCAGGCAAAGGCAGGAAAAAUUCGAAGGUGGAGUCGGGUCUAGAGGAGCAUCGGGGAGGAAAGAACCCCGGGUCAAGCGGUGCCUACAUCAGUCGCCUCAUCAAACUGGACGCGCAGGAGAAGAACGGACAUUUCAACUGUGGCGUGGCCGAGACUGGGAAACUAGAUACGCAACAGCAGCAGGUGAUAAUUCUGGAAGACUAUGCAGACCCUUAUGAUGCUAAACAGAAAAAGGAACAAAGGAACGCAGAGCGGGUAGGAGAAAAUGAUGGCUAUAUGGAACCAUAUGAUGCACAGCAGAUGAUAACAGAAAUACGAAGACGUGGCUCAAAAGACCCUCUUGGGAAGCAGCUGGCCCUAUAUGAGCCCCCUUGUGAGGGCAGCAGUGGAGAAGAGGAGCCUCCACUAAGUCCUGGACGCAAAACACCAAAGGAUGCCCAAGGCAAACUGGGACCCCAGCCUCAGCUACCUCCUCCACAGCUGUAUGACACACCAUACGAGCCCGAGAGCAUGGAGGGAACAGAUGCAAGAAGCACUAGGCCUGAAAAUGAUGAAAGGCCUGCAGCUGAGUAUGAACAGCCCUGGGAGUGGAAAAAAGAGCAGAUUGUUAAGGCACUAUCUGUACAGUUUGAGAAUGCUGAACGAAAUUCUCCCUCCAAAGAUGAGCCCUCAACCAACAUUAGGCAGCACAACCGGCAGAAGAGCUGGAGUCAGAAGAUCCUCAAACAGACUCCAUCCCCAGCUCCAUCUCAGCCAGUGGGGAUCAGUGAGCCUUCAUAUGGGAUCAAAGUAGACCCCACUGUGCCACUUGAUAAGCAGACGUGGUACCAUGGAUCCAUAUCACGCCUUGAAGCAGAAAGCCAGCUUCAACAAUGCAAGGAGGCAAGCUAUUUAGUUCGGAAUAGUGAGUCGGGGAAUAGCAAGUACUCUAUUGCCUUAAAAACCAGCCAAGGCUGCGUCCACAUAAUUGUAGCUCAGACCAAAGACAACAAGUACACUCUGAAUCAGAACAGUGGUGUAUUUGACAGCAUUCCUGAAGUGGUCUUCUACUACUCCAAUGAGAAACUGCCUUUCAAGGGAGCAGAGCACAUGACCCUCUUGUAUGCAGUGCACAGGCAACAUUAAUUUCACCAUUCAUCAAAUGUCCAUGUCUCUUGUGGCACUCUUCUUCGGUGAUAUAAAGGGCACCUAGGGGUGUCGAAGUCAAAGACAAAAAACUCUUGUGCUAAAUUUCAUGACUUAACUGUUGCUGCACAAAAAUGGAGGUACCAUUGUUCACUAGAAUAUAUUUUUGCAUAAUGUGCUGCUGGUUGUAUGUUGGCUAAACUCAGUAGCAUAUCCCAUUCCUUUCAAAGCCUGGGGAUCUUUUCACAGGAUAACUUUAAGCACAUGCAAUGCAGGACAUCUGUGUGAAUUCUAAAGAUGUCAUAUCUGGGAUAAAUGCUUCUGCAGAUGUAUUUUAUGCAUAGAAAUGUGUUGAACACUAAAUGCAGUCAAGUCAUAUUUUGUUUUAUGCAUUUUGUUAUUCUGAAUAAAUAUUUUCAGACUCCAACAGCAAAUCCGUAUGAUAAUCCAGUACUCCCUCUGCACUUUCCUUUAUGUUACUAAAGGCUAGAGGCUUUGCAGAGCUUCUGUCAUCAUAAAUGCAGCUCUCAAGUUUUCUGUUUACCUAAAUUCGAGGGAUGUCACUGCUGCAUGAUCUUUUCUGCAACUGUAAUGUCAGAGCGGUAGAGAAAUCUAUUGUCAGUAGCUUGAAGAAGCAUCUUAUUUUCUUUUAUUAAAUAUGAGCACUUGUUUUCUCUAGCUUCAUACCUCUUUCUUAGGCGUCAGUAUGAGGACAAAAAGUGACUAAACCAAUUUUUUGUCUUGGUUUUAAUGGAACACUGUAAAAUGGCUUUACCCUUAAUUUUUUUUAUGAAUUUCUUACUCUUUUUUUACAUAUUGCUGAGCAAUCUGCAAACUGGUUAUGAUUUAUUUUUCUUGCAAUUAAUUUUGUCUUACGAAAACCAUUAGUAAAAUUUAAGCUAAAACACUGUUUUAAUUAACAGUACAUUUUAAGAGAUGAAACCAAAAUCCAGAAAACACUCCUAAAAUGUUCAAAUCGGGUGUAAAGUUGCAGCCUGUGGUGACAUUUAAAGUAUGAUUUUGCUCAGAUGAACCUGGUUACCUUCAAGGUCACAUGUAGUAGAUUUGAAAGCCACUUGUACAAACUUCUAUUUAUAGCAAAACAUGGGGAAAAAUGUGUAUCUGUUGCUGUUUUUUGUAUUAUUUACAUGAUUCAAUGUGAUGCAUUACAUACAGUAACUACAAAGUAUUGUUAACAACAAAAAAAAUAAUAAAUUUUACUUUUUAAAGGCAA